AAUCAUUCAACUUCAUCCAUGAAAACACAUUCAAAGGGCUAUAUUGGAAUAAAAUGUGAAUUUAAUUUAAUCUAAAACACUCUCUGCCUCUUGUAUGAUUGUAUUCUCGUCGUUAUAGAUAAGGCCAUGAUGGAGAACCAACAAGUCGACGGACAGCAUGGAUCCUUGGUAUCGGCCAUCGAGAAAACUGGAUUGAAGGCGUUUCAACCUUCAAGCGACGAGGCAUCUCGUCUAGAGGGUCAACGAGAAUUCAGCGCUUUACUAUCGAGAACCAAAACGGUAGCACUUAUGUCUUCCCUAACUAAAUUGACCCAGCCGGACCGUGUCCCUGGAUGGCUUCGAAUUCAUCUGAUGGAUGUCCUCACUUUGCUUCCUCAGAGACCUGAUGGAGUACGGGCUGCUUUGGAGUUCGUCUUUUCUGUUCAUCCGUCAAGCACAGUAAGGAUCUCUGAGGCUGCAACGCCUCAAAAGAGAGGAGCCAAUAUCACCAUGGAAGCUCUCAAGCUGGCUUCUAACUUGUUAUCUGCACCGCCUACCACGGUUUCUCCAGACCAAUGGUACACCGGUAUCGCACCACAACUUCUAGCUCUCCUUGACGGAAAGGAGGGGCCGGACCUCGUGAAGGCUGCCGCUUACGUUAUCGGGUUUGGUGUGCUGGGGAGGAAGCAAUUCGGGGCUCCUGGAACACCCGGAUGGAAAGCAUUCGCUGAACCAUUGCUCACUAAGAUAAAUACAAAUUUAUCUCAAGAACCUAAAGCCGAGCCUCUCGUAUUUAGUGCUGGUCCAGAUGAGGUUGUCGAUCUACGGAAAGAGGUUGUUCUGGUAAGACCAGAUGAGCUAUAUACUGCGCUGAAACGCUUAUCAUCUCUACUUGACUCGCAUCCGAACCCAGGCUUGACUAAGAGGCUUCUUUCGCCUUUAAUGUCAUCUUUGUGGACAAUAUCGACGUGGCCACCUACAACUAAGGAAUUCGACGAGCGAUAUCGUUACCCAGCCACCACCCUUCUACGAAUCUAUUUAAAACUUUCAGGAUCUCCAGAGAAAUUUCAAGCACUUCUCGACAAUCUUCUUGCGAAUGGAAGUGUAGAUGCGUCCAAACCCAGAUGGAUCUAUGAUUUGGUGGGUGACUCUAACCUCCAGGUAAAACGAUUACGAGGGGAUGCAAAUGCCGUAGAUCUAGUAUCGAAUCUAGGUCUCUUGGAGUCCAAAUCCGAUGAUUUCGUGGAACUUCUGCAAUCAGUUGGAACCGAUUCAGAUAUAUCGGCACUGUUUCUCAAUCUACUUCGUAGCUCGCUUGGACCGGCGGAGACUGUUCACGAGAUUAAAAUAAUUCCCGAGGCCGAACCAACAAAAGACCCAACGAUCCAGCUCACUCAGGCGAAGGUGCUACAAAAAAUGAUGGAGAAGGAGGCGUUGUCCGAUAAGCUAGUCACGGGCUGGAAACAAGUACUUGAACUUGUGAGCCAAUUUCUAGAUCGGUCGCAAAGUUCAUCGACGGCAGCAAACGACGAUACAACGUCUCUAGCGCUUAGUCUGUUGAAUCUUGUGGUUACCGCCCCUGGUUUCCAGAAGUCGAAUGCUCCUACAGAUAUUAUUGAAUCUAUCGAGAAAUCUCUCGAAGGGAUUAGCAAAUCGCAAGACACGGAUGUAUCACAGACAGCCCGCAACCUCUCACUCCUUCUCAAGUAUCGAGACUCUCUAGACGACCCCUCUGAACAGACGACGGCGCCAACAGACCGUCAAAUAGAAGACCGCAAAACCUACAACUUGGCCAUAUCAUAUAUCACGCAAGCAGACUCGCCUCCGCCAGUGCGCACCGAGGGUCUAAAUCUUUUAUCCGGGUUAAUACGAGCCAGCAGCCCUAUCCUCGACAUCCAAGCCACGCUUGUGCUCUUGUCGUCUCUCCUAAACGAGGAUGACGACUACAUCAACCUAACGGUCGUGAGGCUAUUUGCGCAACUAGCCGACAAACACCCUCGCUCGACCACGAAAGAAAUUCUAGACCAUUACGUCGACGCCAACGAACAAGAAACAACCGACGCUCGUCUCCGCUUCGGCGAAGCAUUACUCCAAGUAAUCCAACGCCUAGGCGAAACCUUCUCCGGCGAGAUAGCCAAGCAAGUCGGCGAAGCCCUCCUCUCCAUCGCAGGCCGGCGCGCCCACCGUCCCAAAACCAAAGCCAAGCAAGAGCGCCAAGAACGGCUCCAACAGCUGAAAAACAAAGCCGCCCGCGACGCGUGGCAAGGCGAGGUACCCACCCUCGCAGACUCAGACGACGAGGAAUCACAAACGGAAGAAGAGCGCGCGCGCAACGAGAUCAUCGCGCAGAUCGUGUCCGGCUGGGACAGCAAGCGCGGCGCGGAAGAUAUCCGCAUGCGCGCCUCCGCGCUAUCCCUCUUCUCCGCCGGCAUCGAGACCAACAUAUCCGGCCUCGGCGCCCCUCUCGUCCAAAACGCGGUCGACCUGUGCCUCAACGCGCUGGCCCUCGAGUCAGGUCCCGAGACGGGGAUCUUGCGUCGCGCCGCUAUCGUGCUUAUCCUGCACGUCGUACGCGCGCUCGCGGACGCGCGGGAGAGCGGUAAAAGGAGUCUCGGCUUCGCGCUCGCGGAGCAGAGUCGUGCGGAGAUUGCGAGGGCGCUUGAGUAUGUCGCGCAGACGGACACGGAUGGGCUUGUGCGCGAGCACGCGCGCGAUGUCGUUGAGAGCUUGCAUAAUUGGCGGCUGAGUGCUCUGGUCCCUGCUGCGUCUGAGGUCCGCGGCGACGGCCCGGCUGCGCUUACGCGGUUGGCUGGGUUGGAUAUCGGGGUUGAUGCGCGGCCGAGCUUGCCUGCGCUGGAGCCGGGUGUGAGGCCGAGGAUUGAGGAGGUGGAGUGAGUGCCUACCUAUCUAGAUAGUCUGAUGGUCUAGGUACUAGGUAGGUAGCGUGACAUUUUAUAUGAAACACUCGAGAGACGUUAUUAAAAAGUGUUACUUACGUUGAAUUCGCUAUAGCACGUAGCAUUGGUAGAUAUU